UCCUUUUUUUGGUCCUCCACUAGGAUCAUCCUGAACACGGGGUCCUGUUUCUUGUUCGAGAGCUGCUCAACGUGAUCCAGGACUACACCUGGGAGGACAACAGUGAUGAGAAAAUCCGCAUCUACACCUGUGUCCUGCACCUGCUGUCCGCCAUGAGCCAGGAGACCUAUCUCUACCACGUAGACAGAGUUGACUCCAAUGACAGCCUGUACGGGGGAGACUCCAAGUUUCUGGCUGAGAACAACAAGCUGUGCGAGACGGUGAUGGCUCAGAUCCUGGAGCAUCUGAAAACCCUGGCCAAGGACGAGGCCCUAAAGCGCCAGAGCUCGUUGGGCCUUUCCUUCUUUAACAGCAUCUUGGCCCAUGGGGACCUGCGCAGCAACAGGCUUAACCAGCUGUCCGUCAACCUGUGGCACCUGGCACAGAGGCACGGCUGUGCGGACACCAGGACCAUGGUGAAAACUCUGGAAUACAUCAAGAAGCGAAGCAAACACCCGGACAUGGGGCAUCUGACCGAGCUGGCCCUCAGGCUCCCCCUGCAGACGAGGACCUGACGCUAGGGGCUCUGGUGCCAAGUCCAGAAAGACCUGUUUUGCGUUUUGUUUUUCUUUUUAUACACGUACAGAUUGGCUUCUCUACUAGGUCACUCUGCCAGUGAAGUGAACAAAAAGUGGGAGCUGUCAGAGCAUUCGAAUCCACUCCCGCUCACUGAGCACAGCAUCUUAGUGUUUCUUUGCACAAGUGGCCUUCAGAUGGGCCUUCAGGGAAAAACUGAAGAAUGCAAGUAACUUCUUUCCUUUCUGGAAGGUGUUUUUUAAUUGGAAAAAGAACCUUGAAAAGCAGUCCACUUUGACAGACCCACUGUGUGCCCUUUCCCUCAUUUGCUUUAUAUCAAAAUCAGCUCUUGACUGGAUUUAGAAUAUGCUGGUGGAUUAAAGGAGAAAGUGAGGUCAAAUCUGAGAUUCCCUGUGGCUUCGAUGGAAAAUAUACUGUAACUGAAUAAACCUCCUGAAGGA